AUGAGCAGCAGUAGGAGAGGGCAGCCACCAAAGCACCAAAACGCGUACGCCUGGAAACCCAACGCCGGUCGCAAGAUCAACGAAACCGAAGUGGGAGGCAAGUUCAGGCCGUACUCGGAGAUCACCGGAGUGUGCUCUCGCUGUAAAGAUCAAAUCGAAUGGAAACGCAAGUACGGCAAAUACAAACCCCUCAUCGAGCCCGCCAAAUGCCAACGAUGUUCUAAACGAACCGUUCGUCAGGCUUAUCACAAUCUAUGUCCUGCUUGUGCUAAGGAGCAAAAUGUCUGCGCAAAGUGUUCGUGCCAAGUUGGGCAGAUAAUUGGGAGACAAGCCUUAGAUAGUUCAGAAGUGGAGGCUGAGCAAAAGACACUUGAGGAGGCCAUUAAGAAUGCUCGAGAGAGGGACAGAAGAACUCUACUACGAGCUAUGAACAAAGGAAAGACUAAUUCAGCUAAAACGCCUGUCAACAACGAAAGCAAAGCUGGGGAAUUGUUGGCAGUUUCCUCACUUGAGAAAUUCACAGAAUUAAGCAGGGAUGAUGAGAAGGAGGAGGAGGAGGAUGACGAUGAAGAAGAAGAUGAGGACCAAAUUAUUAACUGAAAGGGGGCCUGAAAAAUAAUUCAAGUGAAAUUUUCGGUAUGUGAUGCUCCAACCAACACCCUUCAUACUUGUUCGGUACGGAUUAAGCUUUUGUUGCCUCUGUAUUGACAGUCACGACAAAUUUCAUGCUGAUAUCGAAAAUAGGAGUCUUUUUUUUUGUUGGGGGGGGGGGGGGGGGGUAUAGUUUUGAUUUGCCUCCUUCCUCCAUUUUAAUUGAUGCGAGUUAUUUCUUUUUUCUUUCUUUCUGAACGACAGUGUGUCCGAUGUAGUGUUAGUAGCACCAUAUGAAUUAUGAUGUAAAGAUUUAGGUGUUUAGUUACCAAGUGAUGGAAGUUUCAAAGUGCUCUUCAAGACGAAGGUGUAUCAAACGCAUGCUUCAAAUUCAGAAAUUAA